AUGUUGAAACGUUUUGACUACCAAACAAUAAUCCUCAUCGUCAUUUGUACUGGGAUCCUGGCGGUCAUGUUUCUAUUGAUAGGAGUUGUCCUCUAUCUUUACUCUAAAGUAGCCAAGGCACUGGAUGCAGCUAGAAUUGCGAAAGAAGCAGAUGCUGGUGUAAGCUGUAUUGAUCCAUGCAAGGUCACCCAUGAGAACAUCAUCCGGGCCAAACCCAUCCCUAUGGAGUCUUGUCGGACCCUCCAGUGCUGUGAUGCCUGUAGUGUCUAUACAGAUUUUGGUGCCCUGCCACCUUGCAUUUGUAGCAUAACUGAAGGACUCUGA